AUGGAACCAGCCUCCCAGACACUGCCACCAGAGGCCAUUGCCCUUGCGGGAAGGCUGUACGAUGGCGCGCGCAGCGGCAACAUUGAGCUAUUCCAGCAGGCCCUUCCCGCCGGUCUGCCGGCAAACAUGACCAAUGAGAAGGGUGACACUCUGCUUAUGCUGGCCGCUUACCACGGUCACGCAGAGCUGGUCAAGCUCCUGAUACAGCACGGCGCGGACCCCAACAGGUUGAAUGAUAGGGGGCAGAGCCCCUUGGCGGGUGCGGUGUUCAAGAAGGAGGACGACGUCAUUGAGGUCCUCCUCGAGGGCGGUGCGGAUCCGGACUACGGAAACCCGAGCGCAUUGCAAUGCGUCGCCAUGUUUAAGCAGGAAGACAAGUGGCAGGCAAAAUUUGAAGCCGCGCCAGGACGAGGGAAGGCUGAGUCGAAAGCUUGA